CACACCGUAGUCUCUGCUCGUUGUGUCUGUUUGAAAAUCUUCUUCUGUUGCUGACUCCGGGACUCUUUGGGGUAAAUAGGAUGUCUAUGCAGCGAAUAGGUUUAUAGAUAAGCUCCUUAGCGCCAUCUAUCGUCGCGGAGUUUGAAAAGGAACCAACGCGCCUCGGCCCAAAAUCAGAAUUUCUUUUGCCGUGAGAAAUUGGUUGUGUGGCGUGAGAGCGUGUGAAAACAUGCAAAAGCGUGUGUCACACGGCGAAACCGUGAGAGUUGGUAGCUCUGUGUAUCUGGCUCUGCAUCCGUGGCGUGAACCCUUCUCGAAACCUAUUUGGCAUGGCGACGGCAAAAAAAAGGAGAAAAGUUGACAGUGAGGGCCGCCGCCUUCAGGAGCGGUGGGAAUUACUAGUGUUUCUCCUACCAUGAAAACAGGGUGGGGGUCCGCCCCACUGAAAUGUUCUCUUUAGCGCCAGAUUACAACAUAAGUAAUGUCAGGUUGUUUUUUUCAACUAAACGGUCGUAUAUUAUUGAUCGUAUCGACACAGCGGCAUGUCAUUUCUGUCUCUACGUGGUGGCGUUCACACUUCUCCUGGCUCUCGGCAUCGCGGCGGAGCUCCGCCCCCAUGCGCACAGACAGGUGCGCACAUACAGGUGAGCGCGCUCCAACCAGCCGGCAGAGAGCGUCCAAUAUGUCGCGGGAACAGCAAACCGACACCUCUGCGUUCCCACGGUGGUGAAGACAAGUCGUCUCAGAGUAGCUCUCUGCUAGAGCAGAGACGAGGUCGGGCGCGAGGUAACCGGCACAACCAAGGCAGUGAGACGUACAUGGACAACCUGAUCCGCCGCUUGCAGAUGUACUCCAGAACUCUGGAGCAUCUGGUGGAGGAGAGAACCUCUUUGUACAAAGCGGAGAGGGACAGAGCGGAUCACCUCAACUUCAUGCUGCUUCCUGGCCCAGUGGUGCGUUCACUGAAGGAGACGGGCAAAGUGGAACCGGAGCUGUUUGAGGAGGUGUCCAUCUACUUCAGCGACAUUGUGGGAUUCACCACCCUCUGCCACUACAGCACUCCCAUGGAGGUGGUGGACAUGCUCAACGACAUCUACAAGAACUUUGACAGCAUCCUCGACCACCAUGACGUGUACAAGGUUGAAACGAUAGGAGAUGCGUAUAUGGUUGCCUCAGGUUUACCCAAGCGCAAUGGUGACAGGCAUGCGGUGGAUAUUGCCCACAUGGCCUUGGACAACCUGGCAUUUGUAGGGACCUUUGAGUUGCAGCACCUGCCCGGCAUCCCUCUGUGGAUUCGGAUCGGUGUGCAUUCAGGGCCGAGUGCAGCGGGAGUGGUGGGGAACAAGAUGCCCCGCUACUGUCUUUUCGGAGAUACGGUCAACACUGCAUCACGCAUGGAGUCCACGGGCCUGCCUCUGAGAAUUCACUUGAGCCAGUCUACCAUCAACAUCCUGCAGAGGACAGACUGCAUGUUUGAGUAUGAAGAAAGAGGAGAGACGUACUUAAAGGGUAAAGGCAAAGAGAUGACAUACUGGUUAACAGGAGUGACCGCGGGGAAAUACAACCUGCCGACACCUCCAACAGCGGAGAACUUCCAGCGGCUCCAGCAGGACCUGUCGGAGAAGAUCGUGUCCAGCUUGGAGAGCCGUGGCGAUGGGAGCGAGGGCUUUAAAAACAGGAAGACUCUGUCCACCAAAGUCCGUCGGGGAGAGACUAACAGCAGCCUGCAGAGGAACAGCCCGCCGGAGUACUUCCACCUGGCUGUCACUGACAACCCCAGCACGUACCUGUGAUGAGGAGCUUUCAGUACAAUAUGGCCAAGGAGGAGACGUCAUAGAAGUACAUCACAGCACCUGCAUCAGCCCUGCUGGGUGUGUUGGCGUGGCAGCGGAGCCGCCGUGAGGACCAGCGGGCGUGUUGGAAGUGAGCCGUGUGUGUUGAUGUAACGAUAAACGGUCGAGCAACAGAGUCUCAGUUGUCUCUUUACCCUUUGACGCGUCAUCCUCUCAACACCCAUCCCUCUGACACGAAAUUAACUGUUUAUUAGUCGAUGUUUUGCUAAAAAGGAACAAAGUCCACCCUAAGAUUUGUUUGUAAAUCUCAUUCAAGAUGUUUUUCAAGUUUUAUUGUGGAGGAAUAGAUGGUUUAAAUGGUUAAAAUAA